UCAUGUGGGCCUGGCCAGCCCACAGGAAGGGCUAGAAACUUCUUGUAGGAGGGAUAACAUUUCCUAUCUCUGUGAAAACAGCAAUUCCCCCCAGAUGGGAAAAGCUAGCCCAGCUGUAAGGCAGGCUGGGGCUGCAUUCCCACAUGUGGCAGCAGGAUGAGGCUCUCCCACAACAGGAACAGACCUUGUUUCCAGCAGCCAGAGCCCUGCUGAGCAGCACAGCUCUCCCCAGGCUCAGGAGAGGUGCCAGGAACAGGAGACCUGCUCUGGGGAGCCGUGGUGAGGAGCGGCUGGCUGCUGAGAGCUGUGGUGGAGCAGCACUGGUGGAGCUGGGGGAGAGGCAGGCGGCCAGCACAGGGCUGGGGUGAGGGCUCACACAAUGAAGAUACUCAUGGAAGAGGAGGAGACAUCCUGUGGGACGUGCUCUGAUGGGGUCUUGCAGUGAAGAAUGCUGUGCAGUGAGAAUGAUAUUACUGUGGGCUGGGAAAGAGCCUGUGGGCUGUGUGUGCAGCAACAUGGGAGCCCCAAAGCCUGAACGCAGCAGGAGCAUCGCUGCCGACUUCGGUGGAAAGAGAAGUUCCUCCUGCUCUCAGCCCCAGCUUGCGACUGCCCAAGCUGAUUUAAUGGUGCUGGUGCUCCUCCCUGCCUGCAAGGAGACUGAACAAGUGCUCAGCCGUUACUGGGACGUGGGAAUCUGGGACCCACAAGAUCCAGAGGUGACAAGGUUACACUGCUGACAGCUGUAGGAAAAGAGGUUCCCGGCGGCGCCUCGGGCGCGAAGCCUCCCCGGGACCGAUCCGGAGGGACGGGGUGGCCGGAGCAGGGGGAGAAUGAAGCGGUGACGACUCCGGACAGAAGACUGGCCACCUCUGAGAGAGCCUCACCUGUGCUGAGAGCCCCCAGAGCCCCCAGAGCCUCCAGCCCUGCCCGCAGCUACCGCCCGCCGGCAGCCCCUGCCCCACGCCGGGGGGCUCGGCCCGGGCGGAUCCCGGCGGGAUGAACAUGGUAAAGAGCCCGAAGCCGCUGGAGCAGCGGCUGGCGGGGAUGGUGGCUGUCCGGGAGACGUCUCCAGCCUGGUCUGCGCUGGGAGAGGAGGGGCCGGCAACCAUGAAGAAGGACAAGAGCCACGGGCAGGAUGAGGCAGACUGUAGGGCAAAGCUGAUCCUCAUCAACAGGGACAAUGCACCUGGCGUUGUCCUGGAGGCCAAUGGGAAGCCCAGCACUCCAGAUUCCAGGGGCCUGGGGCUGCUGCCCCUGAAGAAGGAGAAGAACAGCAAUGGAGACCUCUCCAAGGAGGACCUGGCCUGGCCACUCGAUCUGCAAGUGCAGAGGGCAGGGCGGACCCGGCAGGAGAUGCGGCUCAAGGACCCAGCACGCAGUGUGGAGCCUCUCAGGGACCUGCCAACUCCUGUGAGGAGCUCCAGGCGUCGCUCCGCCGUGCCCACGCCCGUGACCAUCGACCUGACGGAGGAGGAGGACUCCCAGGACUCGUCCCAGAGCAGCAGCACACUCUCGGGUGGCAGCUCCCAGGAGGGGCAGAACGGCUCUGCUGAGCUGGGGGCCGAGGAGGCAGAGAGCAGAGACAUGGGCAUGGCCCUGGAAUACCAGGAUGGGAAGGAAUUUGGAAUCGGGGAGCUUGUCUGGGGCAAGAUCAAAGGUUUUUCCUGGUGGCCUGCGAUCGUCGUCUCGCACAGAGCCACGGCCAAGCGCCAGGCGGUGUCGGGCAUGCGGUGGGUGCAGUGGUUUGGAGACGGGAAGUUCUCCGAGGUUUCUGCUGACAAACUGGUGGGACUGAUGGCCUUCAGGCAACAUUUCAAUUCCUCCACGUUCAACAAGCUGGUGUCCUACCGCCGUGCCAUUUACCACGCUCUGGAGGUGGCCCGGAGCCGGUCGGGGAAGACGUUCACAACUGGCCCCAGGGAGUCCCUGGAGGAGCAGCUGAAGCCCAUGAUCGACUGGGCAAUCACUGGCUUCAAACCCCUGGGGCUCAAGGGACUGCGGCCGCCCAAAGGCUCAGAGAAUGGGGUGCUGAGGAAUGGGACAGAGGAGGUGGUGUCCCUUGAACAGUGUCCCCCCACUAAGAGGCUGAAGACCUACCCCUGUAACAGCAGCAAGGAGCAGCGUGUGGAAGAGGACCAGACCCGAGAGCAAAUGGUUUCCGAAGUCACGAACAACAGCGGGAAGCUGGAAGAGAGCUGCUUGUCCUGUGGGAGGAGGAACCCGGCCACCUUCCACCCGCUGUUCAAGGGGGGCCUCUGCCAGACAUGCAGGGAUAGAUUCCUGGAGUACUUCUACAUGUAUGAUGAAGAUGGGUACCAGUCCUACUGCACCGUCUGCUGCGCUGGCAAGGAGCUGCUGCUCUGCAGCAACGCCAGCUGCUGCAGGUGCUUCUGUGUGGAGUGUCUGGACGUGCUGGUGGGGCGAGGGACGUCAUCCAGAGUAAAAGAGCAGGAGCCCUGGAACUGCUACAUGUGCCAGCCCCAGCAGAGCCGCGGCGUGCUGCAGCGCCGGCAGGACUGGAACACGCGCCUGCAGGACUUCUUCACCAGUGACAAGGGACAGGAAUACGCUGCACCCAAAAUCUACCCAACAGUUCCUCCAGCGAAGAGGAGACCAAUUCGAGUGCUCUCGUUGUUCGAUGGGGUGACAACAGGGUACACGGUGCUGAAGGACUUGGGCAUCCAAGUGGAGAAGUACAUUGCCUCAGAGAUCUGUGAGAAGCCUAUUGCCACGGGCAAAGUGCGGCCCGAGGGCAACAUCACCUACGUGCACGAUGUCAGGAACAUAACCAAGAGAAAUAUUGAGGAGUGGGGUCCUUUUGACCUGGUGAUCGGUGGCAGCCCCUGCGAUGACGUCUCCCUUGUCAAUCCAACCAGGAAGGCGCUCUUUGAAGGAACCGGGCGGCUGUUCUUCGAGUUCUACCACCUGCUCAACUACGCUCGUCCCAAGGCGGGCGAGGAGCGGCCCUUCUUCUGGAUGUUUGAGAACGUGGUGGCCAUGAGGAUCAACGACAAGAGGGACAUUUCCCGGUUUCUGGAGUGUAACCCAGUUAUGAUUGAUGCAAUCAAGAUAUCAGCUGCCCACCGAGCUCGUUACUUCUGGGGCAACCUCCCUGGGAUGGACAGGAUCUUUGGCUUCCCCCUCCCCUACACGGAGGUCUCCAACAUCAGCCGUGGGACUCGCCAGAAGCUGCUGGGGGGAUCGUGGAGCGUCCCUGUCAUCCGGCACCUCUUCUCCCCACUCAAGGAUUACUUUGCCUGUGAAUAGCAAACGGAGCGUCCCUCGUCUCUCUGGUAACGAUGCACAGCACCGGGAGAGGGACGGGCACGGCCACCGGACUGCCAGGGCCCUGUCCCCAGCGGGGCACGGCAGCCUGGCCCCACGGAAUGUCUGUAACCAAAGAACCUGGCAGGGCAACUUCUUUAAAGGGACUAACAGUAGUAGGAAAUGAUGGACGAAGCUUUAAUUACCCAGCACACGAAGCUCUAUGCAUCACUGAUGAGACGGGAGUCUCAUCCUCCAGAGCAUUAACUAUUCCUGUUUAGCCUGGAGCUGGGAAGUCACCAUUGCUGAGCAGCCAGUGUGCAGCAGCUGCUGGGGAGCUGCAGGCAAACCUGAACUACAGUCAAUUGGUGCUUUUCCUAAACAAACAAAACCUCUUGAAGUAACUGCCAAAAACCCCCAAACUGUAGCAGCAGGUGUAAGGGACCCUGCUCAGGUUACACACUGAACACAGGAUCAAGAAACCAAAUCUUUUUUGUUUUUAUUUUUUUGGAUAAAAUUUAAUUUUGUUGUUUUAAUGUCUAUUGCUGCUUUAAGGCAUUACAUAAGAAUGUGGAGAUUCCUAGACCUGAAUGUAGCUGAAACUGAACUGUGAGGUGAUAGAAUUACUUUUCUAGCUAGAACUAAAGAAAUAUUGUUUUAUAUGUUUGGUUGUAGUUUACAAAUAUUCACUACUUCCUUUUUAAAGCAUCUAAAACCUCUCCUUACAUUUUAAAUUCCUGCUGAAUGGUUUGAAAGCUUACACAGUAACUGGAGCAGGGAGGAUUUGGGCUCCAGGGUCUGUAAAGGAAAAUAUUCUUGGAGCAUCCAUUUCCCAAAUGAAUGUGGUAUGUCAGCAGGAAGGACAGUGUAAUGGUCAAUGGCACCCUCAAAUCUCAGCACCCCAAAUGUCAUGUAGGAUGUCAUGAACCCAGGCAGUGGUGGCAGGGCAUUCCUUCCAGGGAAAAUCCCACCCCGCCCUCGUGGAGUGCAGGGACCAGGAGUGCAGCACUGCCCUUGCUGUGCCCAUCUCAUGCUGUGCCACUGCUGGGGGGUCUGGGGCUGUACCUCUCCUCCCCUGUGCACACAGGUGGGAUUGCGUGCCCAGCCCCAGCCUGGGGGGCUCCUGGGGCUGUACCCCCAAUCUGGGAGCUCCUGUGGCCACCACUGUGCUCACUUUUGAUUGCCUUCCUCUAGUCCCCAGCUUUGCCAGAGUGAUUAUCAUGCUUUCCAUGAAGUCCUGGUCAGCAGGAAGGUGCAGGUGCCUGUGUCCAUUUCUGCCAGGUUUUCUGUAGCCACCGGGCUACUGUUCCAGCAGGCAUCUCUGGGGAUUCUGAAUCCAAUGCACAUUUCAAUGCACUGAAACCACUCCCCCCUUGGUCCCUCUGUCCUCCCCUACCUCUGCUGUUCCCCUGUCACCUGGCUCUGGAAGAGCCCUCGGGCACCUUCUCAAAAUUAUUCAGGUUCAAACCAUGGGCCAACCCUCCACCCAAUCAAUGCCAGGCUGCCUUGCUCUCUUGCAGGGUGCUGUACAGCAUCACUGGGAAGAACUUCUCUCCCAGCUCCUUCUACCUCUCUGGCACCCCUGUCCUUGUGGUGGAGGACAGCAGCCUCCCAUUUCCCACCCUUGUGUGCAGUUUUCCAUCCCAGCUCUGAGAACCAUCUUCUCUUGGUCUCCAAUCCAAGGGAAGCAAGGGAACAGCAAGGGAAACCCAGGUAGUUUAAAGGCUUUUUUCCCCUGUUUUAAGCUGGAGGUUACUCUUUAGAGAGAACUCCUUGGGGGUUCAUUCUCGGUGACUUGAUCAAGUCAUGUGCCUUAAUUAAGAAAACUGAGGAAAGCCAGACAGGCUGGUCCAAGUCACUGCUGGCACCUCCAAUGCUUGACAAGUGCUUGGGGACACGUAGCCCCCUCGUGCCACCAGCCCCUGUGCUGGGAAGAUGGUAGGGUGGGUUCUGUGCAUGCUGGAGCUGUUUGGGAAGCCUUGGCACUGCCAGCGCUGCACCAGCUGCUUUUGGACUCGUUGCCAAUCUGUGAUCCUUCUGUCCAGCUGGACCCCAGCCACAACACUAAUUCCUCAUCCCAGGUCCUUGCAGUCCCCUUUGGAGCCCAGCCUGAGGGCAAACAGGCAUCCAGUGCAGGGGCUCAGGGUGACAGCCAUCCCCUGCUCUGAUGGGCGUGAUCUUUCCAGACUGCCCUCCACUCCAUGGCAUCCCUGAUCUUGUAUACUCCAGAUCUCACAUCCUUUCCUAUCUGAUCAAAAGGAAAACAAAUAGAUGAGGGGGGAAAAAAGGACUUGGGGAAAGUAAACAAAGAUAAAAGAGGAAUGAGAAUUGUCUUGGCAUUAAGCUCUCUUGAUGAGAAUUGUAGUAGACAAGUCUUCCUUGAAAUGUUUUUCCCUGUAAGAGCUGCCUUUUAUUUUGAGUUUAUAAAAUGUUAAGGGAGGGGGGAUCUCAGAAAUUCCUUUUUAAUACUUUUUAAAGGUUUUUAACUCUCCCUGGUGCUAUUUUUUUAGGUUAAGGAUUUCUAAUGUUGAACAUGCUGCGGGUUUUUAUACAAUCUUUUAAAAAUGAGAGAAAUGUAUAAUUUUUUAACACAUUUCACAGUUUUUGUAUCCUGGAGUGUGGAAACUCGCAACUCUGCCUUGUCCACAUGAUUUCACUGGUUUCCACGUGGGAAAAAAAAAUUGUCUACAGUUUACCAUUUAUCGUGUCUGAUUAAAAACGAGUAUUUCUGUA